AUGCAGGACAAUAAAGCGCCGCCGUUUGGUGGAACGGAAGAAACUGGUGAUGUAACCUCUGGUACUACUAGCCUUCAGCCUCAAGAAUUUCAAUCCCGUCAAGACGACGUUUCCCAUCCACCAGGCCAUACUCAUGUUUCUCAAGCGCCCCUUAACCCUACCCACCAAGAGCCCGAAGCUUAUCAAACGAUUCAUGAAAACCCACAUUCUCAGUACCAGACAGUCUCUCAGACAGCUGACACCCAUCACCCUCAUCAACAAUCCCAACCCCCUCGAGCGGAGGAGCUCCCAUUAUUAGAGCCAACUGUCUACUGCGAACAGACCGCUCGAAUAGCUCCCGACCAUCGUCAAGUUUCUCAAAUAGACGCAACCGAUGACAUCUUGCAACCGACUCUCGCGGAUAAACCACAUCAAAUUGGACAAUCGGAAAUGGAAACGGAAACGGGAGCCAGUCAUACCGCUGAACCUUCUCGGACAAACGUAGCUUAUCUGGCUAGUCAAAUAGAAACGGGAACUCAGGAUACUUCUCAACCCCCUCGAGUAGAUACGCCUCCAAGUCAACGUUGGCGAUCGAAUCUGCCACCAGCCGUCGACGAAGGAAUAUACCAAGCGCAUCAAAUACCCCUAGAUCCUCGUGCCGACGGAGAGCCUCAACCUAAUCAAGAUGACCCGGCCAACUCAACACAUCACGCCCAGGCUAGCGACAUAAGAAAUCAGGCCCAUCAGUCAGCAGAUUCCGAUUUGGUCCAUAUCCAUGAAUCGGGAGGAGACGAGUCGAUGCCUGGUGUCGAGUCUCUUUCCACCAAUUAUGGAGUCAAUGGACCUCUGGCGGUAGAUCAAAUAGUACAACCCGAUGAAGAUUCUAACUCGCCCUGGAGUGCGGAAUCUAGUCGAUCAAAUCAAACGGAUUCAGCAUACCAGUUUUACCAAGCUCACUACGGCUACCAAGACACGGAAAUGGACACCGGCCCUGAAGCGCCCCAAGGCCUCCCCAGCGAUCGGAAUACAGAAAAAGUCGGGCUCGUGGGGGAGCAUCAGCAACUGAGUUCCGAAGCUCAGCCCGAAGGCUCAAAUACCCAUUCAGCAGAUGAUGUCGUACUACCUGAUGAUGGUUAUUACCCAACCUCACUGCAUGUCGAUUCGGAAAUGUCAGACACUGAUUCUGCGAUUGGUACCGAUAUCCAAUCUUCUACGAUGUCCUUGAGAUCAAGUCUUUAUGAAUCUAUCCAAGAGAACGGCCGGUCGUAUCACAAGUAUAAGGAAGGCCAGUAUUUCUUGCCGAACGAUGAUGUUGAACAAGAUCGUUUGAACCUUCAACACCACCUAUGGACAUUAACGCUUGAUGGACGACUUCAUCUCGCGCCAGUUGAGGAUCCUCAACGCGUUCUUGAUAUCGGAACGGGAACUGGCUUGUGGGCAUUGGAGUAUGCGGAGAGAAACCCUUCCGCAAUGGUUAUUGGAACAGAUCUAAGCGCAAUACAACCCGAAUAUGUCCCUCCAAAUUGCCAGUUCGAGAUCGACGACGCAGAGGACGAAUGGACUUACAACCAAACCUUCGACUUCAUCCAUGGCCGCAUGCUCUUCUCAUGUUUCCAAAACCCCGCGGAAGUCUUCAAGCGGGCCUUCCAAGCCACCUCACCAGGCGGCUACUUCGAAAUGCAAGACGUCCUCUUCAAAAUCUCAUCCAUCGACGGUAGCGGCGACGGAAGCGCCGUCGAACGCUGGAACCAUAAGAUAUGUUUGGCGGCGAAGAAAAUCGGGCGCGAUUGGCAUUGCGCUGGAAAUUACGCACAGUGGAUGCGGGACGCGGGGUUUGAAGGUGUUGUUGAGAGACAGUUGAAGUGGCCUUCGAAUACGUGGCCUAAGGGGAAGAAACAGAAGCUUCUGGGCAUGUGGAGCAUGGCGAAUUCGCUGGAUGGGCUGAGUGCUAUUAGUAUGGCGCUUAUGACGAGGGCCUAUGGGAUGACAAGGGAGGAGGUCGAGGUGGAGAUGGUUGAGGUGAGGAAAGAUAUUAAGGAUAAGUCGCUACAUGGAUUCGUGCCUGUGUAUGUGGUGUAUGGGCGUAAACCGGCAUUAUGA